CCCGCCCGCCCCGCGAUGGCUGCGCCGGUCCCCGCGCUGCGAGUCGUGCUGUUACUGCUGCUGCUCCCGCCGCCUCCCGGUGUCCAUGGUGAGCUGUGUGUACACAGCCUCUUUCUCAAGUCCUGUCCUGUGUUCUGCUGUGGUACCUGUUACAACCAGUACUGCUGUGCUGAUGUGCUGAAGAAAUUCGUGUGGAACAAGGAACAGUGUCCCACGCCUAAGGACAGCCUGGACGGCAGCAUCAAGAGAAUUAAAGAUCUGGCCUCGUCGAUGAAGAUUGCCUCUGACUUUGACAGUGACCACAUGUCAGGCCUGGACAGCAACAUCAAGAAAACGAAAGAGCUGUUGAUGAAGAUUGCCUCUGACUUUGACAGUGACCCCAAGUCAGGGUUCGGGGCGACUGUGGCCAUUGGCCUGACCGUCUUUGUGCUGUUCAUUGUCACCAUCAUCAUCUGCUUCACCUGCUCAUGCUGCUGUUUGUACAAGAUGUGCUGCCAACCCCGUCCGGUCGUGACCACCACCACAUCCACCACCGUGGUGCAUACCCCUUACCCACAGCCUCCAAGCGUGCCGCCCAGCUACCCUGGACCGACUUACCAGGGCUACCACCCCAUGCCCCCUCAGCCAGGGAUGGCGGCAGCACCCUACCCAACACAGUACCCGCCACCCUACCCAGCCCAGCCCAUGGGGCCACCUGCCUAUCACGAGACAUUUGCUGGAGGUGCAGCCAUGCCCUACACUGCCAGCCAGCCUCCUUACAACCCAGCCUACAUGGAUUCCCCAAAGGCAGCCCCCUGAGCAUGCCCUUGCCUCUCUGGCUGCCAAUGUGAUCAUGCUGUGUGUAUAUGAAUGGUUAUGCUGGCACAGUUCUUUCCUACCCCACGGUGUGUGUGUGUGUGUGUGUGUGUGUGUGUGUGUGUAUACACUCUCUGUACAUGUGGCUUCCUCUGAUGCCGACGAGGUAGGGAACAACCCUUGCCAGAGUGGGCUGGGACCAAAAUCUUUGUCCUCUUCCUUACUUGAAACUGAAAUUAUGCUUUCUGAAAUCUAAACUUCAAAGAAUGGGGAGGGGUUCUUUCUAGACACCCUGGGGGGGGGGGUUGGGUGGGGCUCGUCACACUAGGAUAGCACAGCAUUCUGUCGGCAAGAAUUUCAGCACAGUGUGUCCAGUAUUCUGUGUCCUGGUUUCGGCAGAGUGGCCAGCCACUGCUUGAGGCUACGGCUUCCCAGGGUGUGGGGUACCUACCCUUCUCCGAGUCAGACACAUGCUGCAGGCAAGUAGGUGAAAUUGGGAUUUGGCUUAGUUGGGUUUUGAUCCUUUGGGCAGAGGUCCCACAGCUUCCUGGAGCCUGUGCCAUGCCCAGUGGGGGUUGGUGGUAUCAAAACACCUCAGGCACAGGCCCACCACCUCACAUCGUUCUCAGGGCCAGUUUCAGCACCUGAGAGCUGUCUGCCUGGACUGUCCUUGCACCCUCCCUGGGACCACCUGGAGGCCCAUGUCCACCCACAGUUCUAGCUGCCUGUGGAGAAGCUCUCUUGCCCUUGUUGGCCCUGGCCCUUGCCAUAGUGGGCAGGAUGGCCUCUGUCCAAAAACAGACUCAGGUCUCCUCCCUGCUCUGUUUUUAUUUUUGGCCAAGUAUUUUGUCCCAUGUUCUGGUUGGUAACGUGCGUGACAGUUGCUUGAGGCUGAAACUCUUGGGUCCUGGGGGGAAAUUGGCCGACAGAGAGGUGUGGUCUGACCUUUCUGUCCCUACUCCCCUGACACCAGCCCCCCGGAACAUUGAGCUCCUUGUACCUCAGUCCACAAUUCAUCCUGGCAGCGGGACACCUGGACCGAGAGGCUCUCUGGACCAAAGGUGGGGCGGGGCUGCGGGUGGCAACUCAGGCCCAGACAUGAGUAACUUGGUGUUCUUAUCUUCUGUUGUUUCACCAGAAAUGUCUUAGCUUUGUAUCUGCUGCUAUGUUUCUGAGAAAUGUUGUGGGGUCUGCACCCUUGUUUAUAAUAAAUGCCAACAUUUGGAACUGC